CCACAGAGAACACAACAUGGAAAAUAUCUUUAUUUUUACGUAUAUAACUCAGAAUUAUUGUUGAACAAAAGGAUGAAUAGUUUUUAAAAAUUACGCCUGAUAGAUUAUCAAUCUUGUGACAACCAGAACACAGUCUUGGUGGAAGGAAUAACAGCAACAGAAAACUUAUUGAAGCUGUGUAUAGCCGCCAUUGUCUUUCGUGGAUUGUUUAAAACAAAAACAAACAAAAAAAACCAACUUUUCGGAUAUAUUUAUUUUACAGUAUUAGAUUAGUUAGCUGUCUCUGAAGCAAAAGCAAAAGCAAAAACACAUAUUCUUCACAUUAUUGAGGCGCAUAAAACGAUUUAUUAUAUUCCUAUGAAUACAUUAUUUCCAUAUCCUUUAAGAAUUCCAUCUUUUACUGACUUCUAUGAUCAUAUUAUGUCGUCUCAACAGAAUGCCAGCAUGUCUUCUCCGUGUUCCUCAUCUCCUUCGACAUUAUUAUCAAAUCCAGGAUCAAUGUUGACUACUGCUAAUACUACUAAUACUACUACUACUUUCGCCGGCACUCUUAUUCCUACACCAACGCCAACAUCAACAACCAGCCUACCUAGUCCAUAUAAUCUUGCUGUGGAAAUAUUCAACUCUUUAGCUUUACAUCAACACCAACAACAACACCACCAACACCAAUUGUCUAUGGAUGAAAAGACUUUGAGUAGACUUCAAACUCAAUCGUCGGCACCAUCACCGACAACUUUACAGAAUUUAUCUCUUCAGCUGUUAAAUAUGACUAAUUCUUCGUUGAAUACACUACCAAAUAGUUGUAAUGAUCUUUCGAGUCAUUCUAUGCAUCAGCUACGGUCUAAUACUCAUUGGAAUAGUAAACAUACUACUGCUAAUAAUAAUAGUAACCUUCCUUUAUUAUCCUCAUCCUCUCCAUCUUCUUCGGUAAUAUCGACAGAGACAUCUUCGACGUCAUCACUGUCAACUGCAUGUCAACAUUCUAGAGUUGCAUGCAAUCAUGUUGAGGAUUUAUCAAGUUUACAACAAGAUAAUAAUAAUAAUAAUAAUGCUAUUUUAAAUACUUAUGAAAGUUUAGCCUCAUGGUCGUCUGCACUAUCCACUGCUUCACCGAGUGCUGUUGCCGCCUUUCAACAUGCUUUAGGUCAGUUGGCUUUACUCGGUUUAUCAUCUCCUUCACCGACUCAUAAUGAUCGUAUGGAAUCGAAUACUACACCAUGUUCUAGUGAAUCAAUAAAUUUAUCCAAGGAACAAAGCAAUUAUAAAUUAUUGAAAAAUAAUAGUAAUAAUAAUAAUCAUUUUAAAGGUCAAGACUGUGAUUUCCCAACAACUAUGCAUAAUUCAACAGUUGUAAAUCAGGCAACAAUGUAUAAAAAAUCUGAAGAAGGCAGUAAAAUAAUUAUUCGUCAGACUGCAGACGCAGAUGAACAUUUCUUCAAAGCAUUAAGAGGAUUGAAAGUCGAUGUCUCAACGGACUUUAAUUCAUCUGACUUACAAAAGCAACCAACAUUUGCUGAAGUCUACAAUAAACCAUCGACACUUUCAUCACAAACCAAAUCAUCAUUUCAUCGAUGUGAUUCUAGUCAAGAAACAUUUAAAGAAGAUGGACAACAAAUGGAUGAGGAGAAGGAGAAAGAGAAGACAAAGGCAAAGGCAAAGAAACAUCAACACCAACACCAACACCACCAUGAACAACAACAACAACGUUCAGCUGCAGAAAUGGCUGUAGAUGAACACUUCGAAAAGUCUUUAGCAGCAUUUCGUGCGUCAACAUCUUUAAAAAAGUCAACUAACCAUCUUCUACACAAUAAUAAUGAUCAUGCGAAAUCCAAAUUGGAGUUAUCUCAUUCCAUAGAAAAUACUUCAAUAAAUGUAUCAAUUAAUUCUGAUUUGUAUUCACAGAAUGAUAAGUCAUCUAUGGCAGUGAAUACUCCUCCUAAAGUCCAACACAAAUCGUUACAAACAGUUCCAAGAGGUGAAAGAUACGCUGUGAAUUCUUUAUUACAUUAUAAUACAAGUAAGCCAACAUCGAAUCCUAAUUUAACAACAACAACAUCAUUUGACAAUACACAAUUUUAUCCAUUGACCACUUCAUCCGCAUCACAUCGAUCAUCAAGACAAUCAACAAAUUUUAUUGAAAUCAAUGAUGAAAAUGGUGUAGUCAGUGUAUCCUCGUUAUCCUCAUCCUCGCCAUCCUCAUCCUCGUCAUCCUCAACAUCAUCACAAGUUCAUAGUCCUCCUGUGACUAUAAAUCGUUUCAAAUUAAAAUUCGCAUCAUCAUCCACUUCACUGCCACCAUUAUUUCCAAUUAAUUCAUUUAAACCGAAAAAAAAUUGGCUUGCUCAAUACGAUUGGAGAUAUCAACAAUCGGAGACAACAAAUCAAAGUCCAACAACACCGAAUACAAAUCAAUCAAUAUUUGAUUCAUUUGCCUCGUCCCCAUCGACUUCUUCAGUGAAUAUAACAACUGGUGAAAGUGUAGAAGAAGAUGUACAACAACAGAUAUCAAAUUUAUCUAUGCCUAAAUUACAUAUUAUCUCUGAAUUAUGUAAUACACUGACGACAUCAAAUAAUACUAGGGAUAAUAACAAUAGCAAUAGUAAUAAUAAUAAUAAUAAUGACGCUAAUGAUGGUGAUAAUGAUGAGGAGGAGACUAACAAUGAUGAAUUGUCUACAGAAGAAGCUCCAGAUAUAAGAAAUAAUCAAGAUUAUACGUUUGAUUAUACCGCCAAUGAACACUGUGACACAGACAAUGAUAACAAUGCAGAUAAACAACAUGUAGUGAACACUUUAACAAAGACUUCAUUUGUUAAAAAUUCUUUAAAUGAACAAAAAGAUGACUAUAAAAAGGAAUCAAAUGAAGAACUAAUUAUUUAUGAAGAUAAUUUUAAAAGUGAAUUUUUUAAAGAAAGAAAUAAGAAUACAGAAGAUACAUCGAAUAACAUGAAUAACAACAGGUCGAAUAGGUGUAAGCAUAAUUUCAAUUGGAGUUUAUCUGCUUCAAUCUCAUCCUCUCCUACAUUUCAUGAUGAUCAUAAUGAUCAGUCAUCCGAAGAUCAUCAUCAUCAUCACCAUUCAACAGGGGACUACUUCGAUCAUGGUUCCACGUAUAGUCUAGACUCAACAAUAAUAAUGAAUUCAGGAUCAAUACAACAAACCAAUGAUACAAGGGCAAUGAAUAUUACUCAGAAUAAUAUGAAUAGUAGUAACAUGAAUACUAUUCAUCAAACGGAUAGAAUAAAAGAUGAAGAGAACAAUAAAUGUUCAAGUGUACAACAAUUUCAAUCUUAUCAAAAUUAUGACCAUCACACGAGUCAUCCUCAUCAACAACACCAACACCACCCCUACCAACACCACCACCACCAACAACAACAUCAACAUCAACAACAGAAGUUUAUCAAUGAAAUUAAUGAUAAAUUUGACAGUGAUGAAAUAUUACACAAUUCAUGGAGUCUACGGAAACGUGUUUCAUCUGAAGUUAGUCCAUGGUCUACAUUGAAACGAUCCAGGUCUGUAUUAACCUCUCCAAGUUUGCAUAGUGAUCAGUGUUCCGUAAAUAUUGCUUCAUCCAAUGAAUUUUCUUUUGAUGAAGUCAUGAAUGAAGAAUAUGAAAUGCAUAAUAGUAAUGCUAAUAGUAAUAGUAAUAAUAAUAAUAAUAGUAAUAGUAAUGCAAACGAAAGAGGUUUUGUUCACAGUAAAUCAAUGGAUAGUACUUUAAAUCCAUUCGAUGACAGUACUACUACUACUAACAAUAAUAAUAAUAAUAAUUUAAGAUUAUCUAAAUGUAAUCUUUCAAAUGAUAAUGAAAACUUAAGCGAACAGAAGAAAACUCAAAGUGAACCAAAUGUACCUAAAAGUGGAGAUAAUAAUAUUAAGGAAGAAGAAAAACCCCUGAUCAAUAGUACAUCAUCAUAUCCAUCAUUCCGUCAACUUGAAAAAACAUCAUCACCAUCCUCAUCAUCGUCAUAACACUUGAUUGAGUCAAUUUGAAACAACCGCCUUUUAAAUUUGUAUAUUAAUUAAAACAAAAAUUAAAGUAAAAACAAAAUAAAUGUAUAUUUAAGAUCUCGACGAUGAUCAGCAAGCACUGUAAGCUAGAGCAUCAAAAAUUAUCCGGUGGAGUGAAGCAUACUUUAAAGUUAUUUUUUAAUCUAUAUAUUUUUUUCUCU